AGCGCGGCGGCGAGGAAGAGGAAGAGCAAGAGCGCGUCGCUAAGACCCAGAGGGCUCUGCGGGCAGCGGGGCGGGCGGAUCGCAGGCAGCAGCGGCUCCAUCACCAGCGCAGCAGCGGAGAAAAAGGGGAAGAGGAGGAGAAGGGAGGAAGGAAGGAGGGCCGGGGCGGAGGGGGGGGGGCGCGCUGGGCCCCCCCGAGGCUGGCGAUGGCCUGACCGGGUCCCCGGCGGCCCCCCGGCAGCGGCCCCCUCCCCGCGCCCCAGCAGCCGGCGGGCGAUGCGGCGCGGCGGCGGCAGCGGCGGCGACGACGGGGCAGGAUGCUGAGGACGGAGGCAGCGAGCGGGGCGGCAGCCCCGGGCGGCAGCGGGGGGGCCCCGGGCGGCGGAGCGGGCAGCGGGGGGCUGAGGAGCGCGUCCCCCCACCGCAACGCCUACGAGGCCACCAUCCAGGCCCUGAAACCCACAAAGGAUGCCGAGGGCGAGGAUGGCAAGAAAGCCCGUGGCAAGAAGUAUGGCUCCAACGUCCACCGCAUCAAGAACAUGUUCCUGCAGAUGGGGACGGCGCCGGGCCCCGAGGGCGCCUGCGACUUGGCCAAGGGCAAGGAGAAGCCCGUCCGCCUCUCCUUGCCCCGGGCCAGCAGCCUGAAUGAGAGCAUGGAGCAGGGCAGCCUCCUCAAGCUGGGCACCAGCGUCUCGGAGCGGGUGAGCCGCUUCGACUCCAAGCCCGACAAGCCCUUCUCCAAGCUGCAGGAGACCCGCAAGAUCUUCGAGCGGAGCCCGCAGGAGAAAGAGGCCACCACCAAGCUCCUGCUGCGCAAGGAGCGGGCCGGCUUCCAGGACCGCAAGCUGGACGUGGUGGUGAAGUUCAAUGGCAGCACCGAGUCCCUGGACAAGCUCGACACCGAGGCCGUGUCGCCCACCGUCAGCCAGCUCAGCGCCGUCUUCGAGAAGGCCGACCUCCGCAACAACCUCCACAAGACGCCGGGGCGCGCGGGGCCGCUCAACUCCAAGCUGGUGAGCAAGCGGUCCCGCGUCUUCCUGCAGGGAAUGGAGGCCGGCAAGGCCGAGAGCCGGACGGGAGACGGCCCCGCCGCCCCGGCACGGCCACGGCCGGCCGAGGAGGAGAAGGCAGCGGGCAAGGCCGGGAGGCCGGCGGAGAAGGAUGGGAGCGUCCCGCGGGUGCAGGAGGUCUGCAAGAUCAAGCCGGUGGAGGUGGAGGAGAGCGGAGAGUCGGAGGCCGAGGCGGAGGCCGGCGAGCCGGUGCCAGCGCCUGAACCGGCCAAGGGGGCCGAGGGGCCGGCGCCCCCCGAGCCGCGCCUGGAAGGGGGCGAGGAGCCCCCCUACGCCGAGGAGGGCGUCAAGGGUGAGCGGGCGGACGAGGGCGACCUGUACGACGAGUCCAAGAAGGAGGACUUCUCCGAGGCGGACCUGGUGGACAUAAGUGCCUACAGCGGGCUCGGGGAGGACUCGGGGGGCAGCGGGCUGGAUGAGGACGAGGAGGCUGAUGGGCUCUACGAGCCCGAAUCCAGCUGCGUGGAGAUCCCCGGGCUGUCCGAGGAAGAGGAGCCCGUCCCCAACCGCAAGAUCCAGUUCAGCACGGCCCCCAUCCAGGUCUUCAGCACUUACUCCAACGAGGACUACGACCGCCGCAACGAGGACGUCGACCCCAUGGCCGCGUCGGCCGAGUACGAGCUGGAGAAGAGGGUGGAGCGCCUCGACCUCUUCCCCGUGGAGCUGGAGAAAGACUCCGAAGGGCUGGGGAUCAGCAUCAUCGGCAUGGGCGCGGGGGCCGACAUGGGCCUGGAGAAGCUGGGCAUCUUCGUCAAGACGGUGACGGAAGGGGGGGCGGCCCACCGGGACGGCAGGAUCCAGGUGAACGACCUGAUCGUGGAGGUGGAUGGCACCAGCCUGGUGGGGGUGACGCAGAGCUUCGCCGCCUCCGUGCUCAGGAACACCAAGGGCCGCGUCCGCUUCCUCAUCGGGCGGGAGAAGCCGGGCGAGCAGAGCGAGGUGGCGCAGCUGAUCCAGCAGACGCUGGAGCAGGAGCGGUGGCAGCGGGAGAUGAUAGAGCAGCGCUACACCCAGUACACCGAGGACGACGAGGAGACGGGGGAAUACGCCACGGACGAGGAGGAGGAGAUGAGCCCCAUGUUCCCCAGCGGCGAGAUGGCCAUCGAGGUGUUCGAGCUGGCCGAGAACGAGGACACGCUCUCGCCGGUGGAGAUGGACCCCGAGAAGCUGGUGCACAAGUUCAAGGAGCUCCAGAUCAAGCACGCUGUCACCGAGGCUGAGAUCCAGCAGCUGAAGAGGAAGCUGCAGUGCCUCGAGCAGGAGAAGGCUCGGUGGCGGGCCGAGAAGGCCCAGCUGGAGCAGAGCGUGGAGGAGAACAAGGAGCGCAUGGAGAAGCUGGAGGGGUACUGGAUGGAGGCGCAGAACCUGUGCCAGGCCGUGGACGAGCACCUCAAGGAGACGCAGGCCCAGUACCAGACCCUGGAGCGCAAGUACAGCAAGGCCAAGAGGCUCAUCAAGGAGUACCAGCAAAAGGAGAUCGAGUUCCUGAAGAAGGAGACGGCGCAGCGGCGGGUGCUGGAGGAGUCGGAGCAGGCCCACAAGGAGGAGAUGGAGAAGCUGCAGGAGAAGGUGGGCACCGGGCGCCGGGACGCGGGCUGCCCCUGAGCCCCGGGGCCCCGCGGGCACGGCCGGAUCCGGCCACGGCCCCACCGCCGCCUGGCCCCCGCUCCGCCGCCGCUCUCGCCACCGCGUCGCUCCCGGGAUGGAUCGCAGCAGAUCUGCUCUCGCUCCGGCCGCCGGAUCCCACGCUGGGCGGCAGCGGAGCCGCUUGGGUGCCGGCUCCCUCCGGACUGUGCGCCCCGGCCGCCGGAUCCCACGCCGGGUGGGAUCUGCCCCGGGAUCUGCCCCGGGAUCUGCCCUGGGAUCUGCUCCUACCGGAUUCUGCUCCCACCGCCGCGCCCUGCCCCGGAUCGCAGGGGAUCUGCUUGGGGUGCUGGCGUGCGCCCGAUCCUCCUUCUGGCACUGGAUCCCACGCCGGAUUGCAGUAGAUCUGCCUGGGUUCCGGGUCGCGCUGGAUCCUGCCGCAGGGUCCAACAAUUCCGUAACGGAGCGAAAGAGAUUGUCUUGGGCGCUGGAUCCCAGGCUGCUUGUGCGGGAUCCCC